CCACUCUGCCUGUCAAAAAAAUAAAAAUAAAAAAAAAUAACAGGUGUCCAUACUUCAGGUCUCCCCCCUGUGCUGCCUAAGCCCAGGCCCUGCAGGAUUCCCUCCAGGAACUUGGAGAACUUCCAUGGCUCCAAUUCUUGGGCUGCUGACACCAAAUGGCAGGAUUCAGGCACAAGGGCUCGCUCCCCAAUCUUCCUAGACCCUUCAGUGGGUGACCCUGAUCUCCCUGAGAGGUGGGCCAUCCCAGGAUAUCAUUCUUGCCAGGGAAGUUCUCCUAAAGGUAUUCUGGGAUCUUGCAGGAGGUGGGCUACAGCCAGGGCCUGAGCCAUGUGGUGGCGCUCCUGCUCAUGUAUAUGCCCGAGGAGGACUCUUUCUGGGCCCUGGUCCAGCUCAUGGAAAACUCCAAGCACGCGAUGCACGGUUUCUACAAACCCAACGCCCCAAAACUGGAGCGAUUCCAGCAACACCUGGGAGAGAUCGUGCAUCACGUGCUCCCCUCCCUGGAGAAACACCUGGAGGAGGAGGGUGUGUGCCUGGAGGACUCCACCGCCCACUGGUACAUCCAGUGCUUCCUGGAGGGGGUGCCGUUCCCCCUGGCUCUGAGGAUAUGGGAUAUUUACAUCCUUGAGGGCGAGCAUGUGCUCACAACCAUGGCUUACACGGCCCUCAAGAUCCAUCAGAAGCGCCUCCUGAAGAUGCCCCGGGACCACCUCCGGGAGUUCCUGCAGGUGACCCUGAAGCAGGCCUGGUCACUGAGCGAGGAUGCGGUCAUCAGGCAGCUGCGGGCCUCCAUGCGUGAGCUGGGGAAGCUCCAGUGCCUCCUGCCUCCCGAAGCCAAGGCCAUCGAACGGUGCAGCAGGCCCCUGGGGCAGGCACGCGUCCCCCAGAAGCAGCACGUUCCUGCCCCCACUGGCAUGAAGGCCAAGAUCGCCAUUCAGGACACAGUGGCAGUGUGGGAGCAGACCAGGGGUCCCGCUGCCCGUGCAGUGCUGAUCCAUCCUGCAGAAAGCUUUGGUCUCCGCAUCGCCGUGAGGGAAGGCAUGGAGGAGGAGGAGGAGGAGAGCUGCGAAGGCAGCCCAGAGCCCCUCGGCCUGGGCUCCCCUGUGGGGACCGCAGAGUCUCCAGGUGCGGCCAGCCCCACGGAGUCUCCAGAGUGCUCAAGGAGGUGGGGAGGCCUGUGCCAGUGCGCCAGUCUCCCUAACCUGAGCGGGCCCGAGCACAGCGAGGACGACUCCUCCGACGCUGGCAGCCGGGAGGGCCUGUGGAUGUGGGCUCCUCCACAGGCCUUGGAGCCCCCGGAACCAGGGCCCAUGCAGGCCGCCCCAGCCUGGGGGCCACGGCUGAAGACUCCCCUCUACCGGCAUGGCAGCCCCACGCACUCUGGGGACAGUUAUGGGCUGGAGCCGGCCAGAGCCAGCCCUGGGCUGGGAGACCAGGCCCGAGUGCCCUCCCUGGCCCGAGGCCUCCUGGCUUCCUAUUCUAUGGGGCACCUGGAUGAUGGGUGCCUCCUAGAAGAGAGGCCGAGUGCACCAUUUGUCCUGCCCAGGCUGGGCAACAGCCUUCCAUGUGUCUACACGGCACCCUAUACACUUGAUUGAGCCCUCCACCCCCUGGCUCUUCCUUGGGCCAGGACACCCUGUCACUGGAAACGAUAGCAGUGCCAGGAGCCACUGUACUAUCCCCCCACCCCCGCCACCCUCAGGUGGUACUGACCCUGUAUUAAACCAUAUCAUUGAAACGAGUUUGCUCCAGUU